AUGAACGCGACAAAUUAUGACAAGCAGAAGGGAAUUGUAUCAAUUGGCCCUGGGAUGAGAUCAGGCCACAUCUACGACGAGAUCAUGGACGAUGGCAUCGUCGUCACUGCAGGGCGCGUCGCCCCAGUCGGAGCAGCAGGCUUCAUCGCAGGCGGCGGCAUCUCGUAUCAUUGGCCUAGCCAUGGCUGGGGAUGCGACAACGUCAUCAACUUUGAAAUGAUACUCGCAAACGGAACGAUUCUCAACGCCAACGAGCAGCAGAACCGUGAUCUGUGGGUUGCGCAGCGUGGUAGCAGCGGGAACUUUGGCCUGAUCACCCGCUACGACAUGCGCGCGAUCUCCUACGCGAAUCCGAAAGUUCCUGUAAUAUGGGCCGGCGCCAUCGAAUAUGACUGGAGCGCGAAAAGGGAGUUCGUUGACCGCUGGGUUGCCUUUACCAAGCGCCACGCCUUGGACAUGAACAGCUCCUCCAUGUUCCAGUUCCAGUACGACACCACGAGUAACAAGUGGCAGCUCAUCACCAUCGUCUCCAACACCGCGAACAUCGCCAAUGCGAGCACACUGGAGCCCAUCAUCUCCAUGGACAAGCAACUCAGCAACGACCUGCGCUCCGACACCAUGGGCAACUUUACGCGCGAAUUCUUCGCAGAUGUGAACGACAAAUACCAUAUCUGGUUUACCUCAACGUAUACUGUGGACCCUGAUUUUAUCUUGUAUACGCAAGAGCAGCAUCAAUUACUCGUUCAGCAGCUGCGCGUUGCGCUGCCUAACGGUACGCAGUUCACUAGCUUGACCACGCACCACGCUAUCACGCCAACCGCGGUAUCGCAUUCCAACGGUAACAAUGUCCUCGGACUGGAAAAACGCGUCGCGAAUAACACCGUCGGCCACAUGUUCCUCAUCUGGGUGCAGCUCAAGACCGCACAGGACGAAGUGAUUGCUCUGCCUAUCGUGCAAGCGUGGCAUAAGAAACUUGAGAAGGAGGGGAAUAGGCGGAGGAUUAAUUGGAACUGGGAGUAUUUGAACUAUGCACAUGGGCUGCAGGAUCCGGUUAGGACAUAUGGCGAGGAGAACAUUGGGAAGCUGAGAAAGGCAUCGAAGAAAUAUGAUCCGGAAGGUGUAUUUCAGAGGCUGAGAGGGUCGGGGUUUAAGAUCCCGGUUAACUGA